AGGGCUGUUGCCAGACAAGCGAAUGGAUAUGGAAAAAUCAGGCCUUGGUGUUGGAGAUUACAGCAGGGUGAUUGGGAAAGGCCCUGGUCCUCGACACCUUUCCAAAGAGUCUUCCAUGGAUCACAAUCCUUACUUUGAUAAGAAUGGCAAUCCCAAUAUGUUUGGUGUUGGCAAUGCAGCACAAGCUCGGGGCACUCAGCCUCCGUCACAAGCACUCAACUCAUCUCAGCCUAAUCUCCGUGCUCAAGUGCCUCCUAAUAUUAUGCCCCCUCAGGUCCCUCCUUUACUGAAGUAUCCGCCUAACAAUGGGGGACUGAAUCCUCUGUUUGGCCCCCAACAAGUAGCCAUGUUGAACCAACUCUCACAACUAAGUCAACUUUCCCAGCUCACUCAGAUCUCCCAGCUUCAACGGCUAUUGGCUCAACAGCAGAAAAGUGCAGAAUCAAAGAGGAGGAAUGCCUACAGGGGGGCGCCAGCAACAGGAACAACAGGCCCGAUCUCUUGGUAUGCAACAGUCCCGCCAGCUUGAUCCCAAUCACUUGAUGAAGCAAGCUAUCCCCCCUUCCCAGCAACCGAUGCUCCACCAGCCUCCUAUCAAGUCCUUCCUUGAUAACGUGCUGCCGCACUCAGCCCCGGAACUUCCCAAAGGCCCUUCACCCAUCAACACUUUCAAUGGCUUCCCAUUAGGCUUAAACUCGAAUGUAAAUAUGGAACUUGGGGGCAUGAAAGAACCACAGUCCCGUCUGAGGAAAUGGACUACAGUUGACAGCAUGUCUUCGAAUACUUCACUGGACCAGAACUCCAGUAAACAUGGUGCUAUUUCUAGUGGCUUUAGGCUUGAAGAUUCUCCAUUUGGUUCUUAUGACUUCAUGAACAGCAGUAAUGCUCCAUCCAGCCCUCCAGGAUCUAUAGGGGAUGGCUGGCCCAGUGCCAAAUCGCCAAAUGGCUCCAGCAGUGUCAGCUGGCCACCGGAAUUUCGCCCCGGUGAGCCGUGG